AAUAAAUCCUAUAAAUUGUCAUCAAAAUUCUGAAGUAGAGUUAGCUGCGUAGGCUCCACUCCAAACUCCAAAGCACUGGCUGCUAGCCCUAACACUUAUAGUAGUUUUAUCGAGCAGUAGGUGUGCACCCUCAGACCCAUGAAGCGCAACAAAGCAACCGUGUUGACAUUCGCUGAGAAAUGCAAGAAUAUAUUGGCAUCAAAUUGGCAAGGUUCCCUUAAUACUAUCAAAGCUGAUGCCAAAGGAAGCAAGGGGGACAUUCAUACAUCUAAGGUUAAGUACAUACUUAGGAGGGGGCAACCAUACCUUUGGGUGCCAGAAAAGGACUUGCACAAUGUGAAUGCAAUCAUUGAUGAGCGUGGUUCAUUUUCUGUGACCAGCCCCUUUCCAGGCCCACUAGGGGUCUUACUGAAAUCAAUGAAAAAGUUCCCAGCACGGGUUGCUUUAUCUGGGGAUGUUCUUCCUCUUAAAGAAGAUAAGGCUAAGUCUCUUGCAGAAAAACUUCAGGAAGUCAUACUUUCUGAGCAAAAAGUAAUCAAAGAGUUCACUUACACUGUUUCUGGAGUACUAAGUUCUAGUGUCACCAGCACAUCACGGAGUGAUAAUCUACAGGAUCUAUUGGGAGACAGUGAAAAAUACUCUGUAUAUAGAUUUAAAACUAGAUCUUGUACAUUUGUUGAUGGCCAUGGAGGAACUUUUGAAGUGGAUAUUGAAGAUUUGGAAAAAUCCAAAGCCGAUCUAUUAGCACCAUUUUCAGCAAAGUUGAUUGAUGGGAUUAACCAAAGUGAGGCUAGGCGUAGAGCCCUCAUGCUUUUUUGUUUUGUUCACAAGGAUGCUAAUGCAAAGGAUGCAUAUAUAUCAUCCAUUGAUCGCAAGGGAUUUGAUGUCCUGGCAAAAGUUACCAGUCCAGUUUUGAAGGAUGGCAUUGGUAGCUACCAGUGGAAAGAAUUCAGGUUCAUGUUCAAGGAAGAGGCAAAUGAUGUUGAAAUGUUUUGUCAUCAACUAGUCAAAAUGGAAGAGGAGGUCAUCAAUAAGGUUUCAACCUCUAGUGGACUAAAACAUAUGGCAUAAUGAAUCUUUUUGUAUAACUUUUUUGUCAGCUCUAGAUAUGGCAGCCACACAUGCACGAUACUGUGCUCAUCUUGACACAUAUCAUUAUUCUUGCUCAGUUAUAACUGCACAAGGCGACCACACUUGUGGUAUAAUGCAAUCUCAACGAUAAAAUUUACAUUUAGUUUCAUACGGAUUUGUGAUAUAAUGCAAUCUCAGCGAUUAAAUCUCUAACUGUAGUUUCACAAAUUACAUUGUGAUCCUGAGAAUGACGCUAUCUAUGUAUCUACGAGUGAUUGAACUGAUU